GUUCAAAGCAGAGUGAAGUUUGUGACGCAAUCCAGCAGCACGAGACGGUGAAGGAAAAGUUCUUUGGCUGCCGGAAAGACAAAAUGCAUGAAAGACUCUUGAACCCAGGCAAACGGCCCCGACAUGCAAAGGUGAACUUGGACGAGUUGAUAAAAAAGUCCGAGGAAGAGUAC